UCCCGUGUUUAUUAGGGGAAGGAGGCGGAGGCGGAGGCCAGUUCCCCAGCUCCAGCCGCCGCGUCUGCACUGUUGCAGCCGCGGUUGCCGCCCGCCCGCCAGCCCCGGGUCGCAGAAGGCGCGCGAGCUCGGGCGCCCCCGCCCCAGCCUCUCCAGGAGCCAGCAUGAACCCCAACUGCGCCCGGUGCGGCAAGAUCGUGUACCCCACGGAGAAGGUGAACUGUCUGGAUAAGUUCUGGCACAAAGCAUGCUUCCAUUGCGAGACCUGCAAGAUGACGCUGAACAUGAAGAACUACAAGGGCUAUGAGAAGAAACCCUACUGUAACGCACACUACCCCAAGCAGUCCUUCACCAUGGUGGCCGACACCCCGGAAAACCUUCGCCUCAAGCAGCAGAGUGAGCUUCAGAGCCAGGUGCGCUACAAGGAAGAGUUCGAGAAGAAUAAGGGCAAAGGCUUCAGCGUGGUGGCGGACACCCCCGAGCUCCAGAGAAUCAAGAAGACCCAGGACCAGAUCAGCAACAUAAAGUACCACGAGGAGUUCGAGAAGAGCCGCAUGGGCCCCAGCGGCGGCGAAGGUGUGGAGCCUGACCGCAGGGACGCACAGGACAGCGGCACCUACAGGCGGCCCCCAGAGCAGCAGCCCCACCACAUCCCGACCAGUGCCCCCGUUUACCAGCAGCCGCAGCCACAGCAGCAGCAGCAGCAGGUGACCCCGUCCUACGUGGCCCCUGUGGCCCCCGGCUCUGUACAGCGCAGCACCCCAGGCGGGGGUGGGAAGCGGUACCGGGCCGUGUAUGACUACAGUGCUGCCGACGAGGACGAGGUCUCCUUCCAGGACGGGGACACCAUCGUCAACGUGCAGCAGAUCGACGAUGGCUGGAUGUAUGGGACCGUGGAGCGCACGGGUGACACGGGGAUGCUGCCAGCCAACUACGUGGAGGCCAUCUGAGCCCCUGUGCCCCCGGCCCUCCGCGCAGCCAGUCUGCGUCCCCUGGCGGGGUCCGCUGUGUCCUCGUGUGCUCUUCUGUCUUCUAAGGUCUGCACUGCCCUGUGUGUCCCCACCUCCUCCAGCUGCUUUGGCCUCAUUCUGCCGCUCGAGGGCGCCCUCUCUGGCCAGUUCCCCUCCACCCACCUCUUGGUUUUCUCUCUGGAUGAAAGCAGGGCUGGGACUGUGCCACCUGAGAUUGAGAUGGCCUCUGCUGUCCUGGGCCCCCAGGUGCUCUCUGUGCAUUCCUGGUGGGGACCCCAGGUGGGCAGCCCCUCCCUUUGUCCCCAAGGGGCUGCUGACGAGCCAGGGCGCACCCUCCCUGCUCUCCACCACCCUGGGCCAUGGGAAGGUGGGGUGUCUGCCCCAGGGUGCACUGGUGCCCCCAGGUGUCUUCCUGCUGCCCUGGAGAGUUGCCCGGCUGCCUUGGGAGGGGGACAGAGAGCUCCAGGUCAAGUCUUAGGGGCAGCUGCAGGAAGGCUGGGGGUUGUGCUACCCCCACAGCCUUGUCCUCCCACCCGUCCCCAAUCCUGGGGGACUCCUCUGACCUCUUCUCCCAACCCCUCCCCUGCCCAGUGCCACGAGGACCCAGACAUGUCAGGAGCCACCAGGGACCUGAGUGUCUCCAAGAUGUCAUGGGGGGCAGAGUCAGUGGUGCCCCUCUGUAGGCACCGGGCAGGGAGAAGGCCAUCCUGGCCAUAGGUGUGUCCUCUUCCUGGCCCAGAAGGACCCGAGUCACCCAUGCUGGUGGCACCUUGGACCAACCCUACCCCCACCCCACCCUUCCAGCCUCCUAUGUAGCAAAGUGGGGCCCAGGCUCCCCCCCCCCAACCUGGAAGCAGGUUUCUGGAGAGGCGGGAGGAUGGUGCUACCCUGAGUCUUCUCUGCACCUGGGCCGGGACACUCAUGGCCUGGCUUCGUUCAUCUCGAGUCCCCUGAGUCCCACCACAGCUGGCACAUGGUGCUGGGGACCCCAUGCAGGCCCCCUCAUGCUCAGCCUUCCCCACCCCUGCAGGCCUAUAUCCCAAGGUGAGCAGCUGGUGUCACCCUGGGGCUCUGCAUGGGGGUGGGGUUUGCUCACUGAUUUGGGAAAAGUCACCCGAGUUUGAGGAAACCAUCUUGCUCCUGGCUCCUAGCCCAUGUUGGGGCAGGGGCCGUCAUUUUAGGCAGUUUUGGGGGACAAAGGGGAAAUGCUGAUCCAUUCCAUUUCGUCUUGAUCUCAAAGCACAACGUGGAUUUGGGGACCAGAGGUCCUAGACACAGGACUUGGGGUAGGGGUGGAGACACUGCCCUUCCGAAGGACCAGAGGGGCUGGCGAAUUCCAGCCUUCCCCUCCUCGUCAAGAGGAGCAGCUGCCCUGUUUCCUGCCCUAAGAAGGGGACGUGUGCGCCCGCAAAUAGAGGGACCGUCACUGGCUGGUGCUGAGGGAUCCAGGGCCCUUCCUGGAACCGUCCACCCUGGGCAUGGAAUCGCAGGCUGGGCAGAGCCCUGGUCUCUGGGACGGAGCUCUGUGAGCCACUCGUCACAUGGCCAAAGAGGCCUGGAGCUAGAAUGUGACCAUGACUUUCGGGACUAAUCCCCCGUGGUGACACCCGUGGGCUCUUCCCCACGGCGUCUCCUGGUUUCCCCGCUCACAUCCCUCCAGGGAGAACUUAGCGCUUCGUUUCUGCCUUUCUUUUACAUCAUGCACUUUUGGGCCUUCUUUCCCUUUUUUUUUUAAUAGCUGGAAAAAAAAAAGCCCCUCCCCACGAGCCUGUAUUUAAAAAGAAACCAGUGACCCUGUGAGAUUCGCCUCUGUCCAGGCAUUUCAUCUGUGUGUGUGUGUGCAGCGUCCGCCUGUCCUCCAUGGGGUUGUCCUCUUCCCGGUCUGUCUGGUCCCCUCCCUCGUGGGCUUGUGCCCCAAGUCUGGUCUUUCAGGCCUGUUAGGAUUUUGAACAUUUGACUUGAACCACAAGUGAAUCUUUCUCCUGGUGAUUCAAAUAAAAGCCUAAUUUUUACCUGC